AUGGCUGAGGAAGUUCAGUACAAUCAUCACAACAUUGAGAAGAAGAGCGAUGAGCCAUGCGAUUACGACCUCGCCGCCCCUGUCAAGGUUGAGGAGCAUGCGGCGCCAACGCCUGUGGAGGCUACCGACCGUGGGUUGUUUGAUUUCAUUGGGAAGAAAGGGGAAGAGAAGAAGUGUGAGGAGGAAGUGAUCGCCACUCAGUUUGAAGAGAAAGUGCAGGUCUCUGAACCAGAGUGCAAGAAAGAGGAAAAGGAAGAAGAGAAAAAACAUGAAGGCCUACUCCAAAAGCUCCACCGAUCAAGCAGCUCUAGCAGCUCUUCGAGUGAUGAGGAAGAAGUGGAAGAAGGAGGAGAGAAGAAGAAGAAAAAGAAGGGUUUGAAGGAGAAGAUCAAGGGGAAGAUAUCUGGUGAUAAAAAGGAAGAAGAGAAAAUUGAGAAGUACGAGAACACUUCUGUACCAGUAGAAAAAUGUGAUGAAAUACCAGUUCAUGAAGAAUCUGAGGAGAAGAAGGGCUUCCUAGAUAAGAUCAAGGAGAAACUUCCCGGCGGCCAAAAGAAGGCGGAGGAGGUUGAGGUGCCUCCACCGCCACCUCCGGCCGCCGUUGAGUGCGCCAACCCCGACGAAGAGGCCAAGGAGAAGAAGGGUUUCUUGGAUAAGAUCAAAGAGAAGCUCCCUGGGUACCACUCCAAGACUGAAGAAGAAAAGGAGAAAGAAAAAGAAAAGGAGUCAGCAUGCCAUUAA